GCAAAAGCAGAACUGACCAUUCUUGUUUAAAGAAAUUGAGGAUCAAACCAACAAAGCACAGCUCAGAUGAUCGACAUGUCUAUACUCUAUAUGACCAUCGAUUUUCCGCUGAAAAUGAAAAUAAGACAGACUGCAACUUAAAUAAUCCUGUUAUUCCAGCCGAUGCAGUUGCUAUGGUAACCUUUAAGUGUUCAUUUUCAAAUGCGUCAGCUUAUUAUAUUUGAGCCUCCACCCACCAUAUUUUUUAAUGUUCUUAACCUAGAAAACAAACAACUUGAAUGAUGAUUUUGAUUUUGCUCCAGACAGUAGUGCAACUGCGCAUGCUCGACAGGAAUUAAAAGAGUCCCUCUGCACAGGUCGACCGUGCACGACAGACGUCUGUCUAUAAAAACUGAAAGCAUCUGUAACUACUUCGUCGCAGUUUCACUCGCAAAAUGGGCGAAUCAACAGCACAGACGUCGGGCGGGGUCAAUAACCCAACGCCAAGUAAAUUCGACUUUGCCGUCAUGGAUCAGAAGCUAACACAAGCCACAGAGCUCUUCCGCACGUCGGUGAUUGUCAUCGGAAUGUUUCUGAAUGUUGUCGUGCUCCUGGUGGUGAGCCUGUCGCGACAAUUGCGAUAUCCUCGCCAUAUCUACUGGGCUGCCGUCUCUAUCUUCGAAUGUUUCAUUCUGUUUGAAUAUUCCCUUGAGCUUAUCGUAAUCAUCAAUCGCAAUCACCUGGCCUGUACAUUUUUAGUAUUGAUUUGUUCUGUCGAUUACUCUUUGUUGUUAUUGUGUCUUUCCUUGACCGCCCUUGACCGUUACUUGUCCAUCGUUCGUUACGAAUGGUAUCUGGCUAAUGUCACCGGUAGAGGCGUCGUCUUUGUAAUCACGAUUGCUUCCGCUUUGACUUUGGCCAUCAUUGACAUUCCUUUUUGGACCGGGUAUCAAUCGAUUUUCACCUGCACCAUUAGCAUGACCCACCAUUACUGGAUAUGCACCUGGAAUUUGUUACUGGGCAUCGUUUGCGUCGUUCUCCAUGUCAAGAUCUUCAUUGAAACUAAAACUUUCAUUCGCCAGUACGUUCCCAGAUACCGCCGCUCUCCUGUUACGAUCCGCUUUAACAACAACCCUUCGAUUCAACAGUCCAACACAAGUUUCGGGCCAGCGAAUACUGAUAAGACAGCUGAGACAGCUCUUAUCACGCUUCCUGAAAAUCCUUCGACGGAUGUUGGUCGUGAAAAUGUCAAGUUCCAGCAACCUGAAGAUUCUCAACGGGUGUUUUCUGUUGACGGUGAAAUCGACAAAGAAUAUUUCCCCUGGACGCAGAGCCGCUCAAAAUUCAAUCGACUCGAAAUCCAGGCCGCUCUAAAUAUGUCUGUCAAUAUUUUACCAUUUUGGCUGUGCACAUUCCCAGUUUCUUGUAAUGCCAUCGCCCUGUACUGGUGCAUCCGGCUGGAAGGCAACUGCGAUCCUAUCGUCCUGACGUGGACUUAUGCUUGGGACGUUUUUAUGCUCCACAGCGUCUACAAUCCUGUGAUGUACAUUGCCACGUCCCCCGAAUUUCGACGGGCUAUCCUCCACGUGUCAAGGAAAUUUCUGAACAAAUGUCGCAAUUGCCUAACUUGAUGCUUGAUGGCAUAAUACCAGAAUUGAAUAUUUGGAGAUUGCAUUCUUAUGUUAAUAACUGUACACACUGUUACGUAUUUAUUCAACGAUUAGCUUGGCACUGCACAUGGUAGUGAAUUAUUUUCAACAUUAAAAAAAUGUCUGGCUUUAUGUGUGCCUUUAUUUUUUAGAAUAACCCUUUCAAUUUAAAUCCUAAUUAUUCCACUGAACGGAGAGCAAAGAAAAUGUCUGCUUGAACCAUGUAGAGAUCCUACCGUAUACUUUUGUCCUUUCUGUUAUUCGUCAAGAAAGUUUUGAAAACUAGACUAACUAGAAACUCCUUGCCGGAUUUUAGUUCUCCGUUGUUAAAAAACAU